AGAGACCGAGCCUGCAUGAACAUCAGGGUAGCUGCGCGCCCACGUUUCUUAUGAUCCGUCUGAUCCAUCUCGCACGUUCUUACCGACUUCCAUCGCUCCUUCCUGCAUCUGCGUCGUCUACACGUCUGCGGUAAAUAAUCGAGACGCUCUCCACAUUUCCUGCCCCGCAACGCAUCGUCCCGCAGACAACGUCAUUCGCUUGCGCCCGCUGCCGGCUGUACCACCGCGACGCGCCUCGACUUGAGUGCUGCGGCGAGCGAUCCAAGACAUCGAAGCCUGUCCGUAGAAGAGCAGGGAAGCAACUGUAGGGGCGAGCCACGGCUAUACGGCUGCGUGCCAAGUCAAUCUCGCAAGCAAGCGCAUCUGCGGCAUCCCGCUCGCUCAUCUACCAGGGCCUCGACAACUUCGAGAGCUCAAACCUUGUCUGAAGCACCGAACAAGCUACCACAUUAUACACAAUGGCGCGCGCAGGCCACUCAGGGACGGUUGUUGGGUCGGCUGUUGUGGUACGGGAGAAGUACUAUUGGCCGGAUCUGCAACUCAAUAUCUGGACUAUUGUUAUGCUGGCGACAGCAGGCACAAUAUUGGGUGUGAAUGCGCAGUUCAUGCAGAUACAGGAUCGUAUGGGAUUGGGCACACCAUGGAUCAUGCCCUACGGUGUAACAGUCGGCGCGCUCGCGAUAAUAUUCAUCAUCAUCGAAAUCGUCUACAUCGCGCAGCGCAAACUCCUGCCCGGCACCAUGAUGCUGCUCUCCUUCAUUCUGCUCGUCCUCUUCAUCGCCGGCAUCAUUGGGACAGCGAUCCAGCUUUUCGCUGGGCCGAACAUCAACAACCAGUGCAACACGUAUGUUUUCAACGAUAACAGCAGUGGGCCGAAUGCGAACACGCUCGCGUUUCUGCAGCAGAGGAAUAUCUGCCAGUGCUGGCAGGCAGCCUUCGCGUUCUGGAUCGUCGGAUCCGUGUUUCUGGUCUGGAUGAUGAUUAUGGCUAGCCAGGUCAACUCGAACCAGUACCGCGAUUGAGCAACCAAAUAAGGGACGCGUCUUUUACUUUUCAAAACUUUAUAUUUACGGCAUAUACGAAAUCUUGCGGGACGAAUGGGAUCAUGUGCAUAGGAUGGUAAUGGAGGGACGGAAGGAUGGGAUAUGAGAUACCACUGCUUAGCAGCCACGGCGUUAUUGGAAGUCAAGAUGUUGCUAUGAGAUACAGAGCAUUUGGCUUCUGUAAGGGAAGAGAAGAAUCGUGAGAUGCCACGACGUAUCACAUAAUCUCAGCUACGCAUAGCAUGGCUUCAAGGUCAUGAAAUCUCAUCAAACGUUCAUAAUGCAAGUCUAUGCCAAUCCCGAGUCCAUGCUCGAGUCCGUAACUCCGUUCAAUGAUAGUCAUGUCUUGAUGUAAGAACCCCCUGUCUCACACUUUUGGUAUCCUUCCCAUUACCAUCACCGCAUGGUCAUCCUUCUACGCCUCC